AUGAAGGAGGCCGAGGUUCUGGUGGAGCCUGUGAGUAACAUGCGGCUGGCUGACGGUGUGGCACUUGGAAGGAGCCUCGUAGGAGCGGGGGAGGAGUUAGUCACUGUGUUACUGGCUAACUUCUCUGACAAGGUUCGAAAUAUACCCGCCGGCACGCCGGUUGGGGCGUGUGAAGAGGUGCAGCGGACCGAGGCGCGGCGGCAGGCCGAAAGGCCGCGUGUGGCGGGCCCGCUGCCGGGCUUCCUGGAGGACCUGGCGCAGCGGAGCGCCACCCACCUGAAGGAGGAGCAGACGGAGCGGCUCGCGGAGGCCCAUCGUGAGGUGCGCAGCAAGCUGAGGACGGCGAGUCGCGCUAUGAAGAAGCUGUACGACUGCCGCAUGCGAGACGCCAGGUAUGCAGAGGGGGACAGGGUAUGAGCCCAAGGAGGAAGGAAGUGCCGAAGAAGAUGUCCCGGAAGCGAUGGAGGACGUCCCCAACGAGGUUGAGGAGGCAGUGGGCGGUGAUGCAGGUGACAGCCAGUUGGUGGUGGAGACUGCUGCUCGCCCUGUCCGUCACCGCCGACCUCCUGUGUAUCUGAGAGAUUUUGAACUGUCCUAAAUGUUCUAGUUUAU